AUUUCAUCUACCAGGAAAAAAGAUAAGAGAUAAUUGUCAUCAUGCCGAAGACGCUACAGAAGGUCCACAAGCACAUUGCGAAGAAGAGAGGAGCGGUUGAAGCUUUGCAUGAGUUCAGCAGAGAUGCGAGAAGACUGCGUCGUGCCACUGCCAGAGAUGACCGAGUCGCUCGAGUCUCCGCCAAUAUGUCGCGGGGCAGACAGACCUAUGUCGAUCGCAUUGCAUAUUUCUACGAGACCCUACCGGAGGAUGCGACACCUAUGUCGGAGGAUGAGAUGAAGGAUAUCGUGGUUCGGUAUAUCAACCGCAGUGUGCCCGAGAUCGAACAGUUACAGAGCGAGCGGCGGAAGGGCAGACCCCCAAGCAAACGGGAAGAGGCGUUGCUGCAGCGAACCGAUGUCGAGAACAAAGAGUUCAAGACCGGCUUCUGGAUGCCGGAUUUGUCUCAAGAGGCUGUCAUCAAGUCUCUUAGGGCUUGGAAUGGAGAUUGGUCUGGAUUGAGCACGAUGAAUUUCAUACGCAUCACAAAGGAUGGGGGCAAACAGCCUUCGGUAUUUCCCCCCAAGGGGAUGUCCUAAAACUUUUCUUAUUUUUUCCCCUUCUUAUCUUUCGUGUUCCAAAUGGCCAGACAAUUCAGUGCUAGAUCUGCGGAUAUCUCAUGGGACUAUGGCGUUAUGAUUGCAUAUAGUCGAAAUAGAC